ACCGCGGGCGCGCAGCGGCGGCGGCGGCCACGGCCCCGCCGCCCCCCCUCGGUCCCGGCACCGGCCGCACCAUGCGGAGCGCCCGGGCGCUGCUGCUCGCCCUCGCCCUGCGGGUCUACGCGCUGGACACCGAGACGCCCGCCGCUGGCUGCACCUUCGAGGAGGACAGUGAGCCCAACCAGUGUGAGUACAGCCAGGGCGAGGACGAUGACUUCGACUGGGAGCUCCUGCGCAGUUACCUGAUGCCUCACCUGGUGCCUGAGCUGCCUCACGGCUCCUACCUGAUGGUGAACUCCUCUCAGCACACCCCGGGCCAGAAAGCUCACCUGCUUUUCCAGGCACUGAGUGAGAAUGACACGCACUGCCUUCAGUUCAGCUACUUCAUGUUCAGCCGGGACGGGCACAGCCCCGGCACGCUCAGCGCCUACGUCUGGGUCACCGGGGGCCUGCUGGGCAGCGCCGUGUGGAACGCCUCGGGCUCGCAUGGCCGCCAGUGGCACCAGGCAGAGCUGGCAGUCAGCCUCUUCUGGCCCAGCGAGUACCAGGUGCUCUUCGAGGCUGUGGUUUCCAGCGAGCGCAGGGGCUACCUGGGCCUGGAUGACAUUUUGCUCCUGAAUUAUCCAUGCUCGAAAGCGCCUCAUUUCUCCCGCCUGGGUGAUGUGGAGGUGAACGCGGGUCAGAACGCCACCUUCCAGUGCGUGGCCGCUGGCAAGGCUGCCGAGGCCGAGCGCUUCCUCAUGCAGAGGCAGAGCGGCGAGGUGGUCCCUGCCGCCUCGGUGAAGCACAUCAGCCACCGGCGCUUCCUGGCCACGUUCCAGCUGGAGGCCGUGUCCAAGGCGGAGCAGGACCUGUACCGCUGCGUCACCCAGUCCGCCCGCGGCGCCGGCGUCUCCAACUUCGCCGAGCUCAUCGUCAAAGAGCCCCCCACCCCCAUUGCCCCCCCCCAGCUGCUCCGGGCCGGCUCCACCUACCUCAUCAUCCAGCUCAACACCAACUCCAUCAUCGGGGACGGCCCCAUCGUGCGCAAGGAGAUCGAGUACCGCAUGACCUCGGGGCCCUGGUCCGAGGUCCACGCUGUCAACAUGCAGACCUACAAGCUCUGGCACCUGGACCCUGACACAGAGUACGAGAUCAGCGUCCUGCUCACCCGGCCCGGCGAGGGGGGCACGGGCAAACCGGGGCCGCCCCUCAUCAGCCGCACCAAGUGCGCAGAGCCCAUGCGAGCCCCCAAAGGCCUGGCUUUCUCUGAAAUCCAGUCCAGACAGCUGACGUUGCAGUGGGAGCCGCUGGGCUACAACCUGACCCGCUGCCACACGUACACCAUGUCCCUGUGCUACCGCUACUUCGUGGGCAGUGGCCACAACCAGACCUUCCAGGAGUGUGUGAAGAUGGAGCGCAACGCCAACCGCUACACCAUCAAAAAUCUGCUGCCCUACAAGAACAUCCACGUCAAGCUCAUCCUCUCCAACCCUGAGGGGCGCAAGGAGGGCAAGGAGGUGAUAUUCCAGACAGAUGAGGAUGUGCCUGGUGGCAUUGCCUCCGAGUCGCUCACCUUCACCCCGCUGGAGGACAUGAUAUUCCUGAAGUGGGAGGAACCAGUGGAGCCCAAUGGCCUCAUCACGCAGUACGAGAUCAGCUACCAGAGCAUCGAGUCCUCAGACCCCGCAGUGAACGUGCCGGGCCCGCGGCGCACGGUGUCCAAGCUGCGCAACGAGACCUACCACGUGUUCUCCAACCUGCACCCCGGCACCACCUACCUGUUCUCGGUGCGCGCCCGCACCGGCAAGGGCUUUGGCCAGACGGCGCUCACCGAGAUCACCACCAACAUCUCUGCUCCCACCUUCGACUACGGGGACAUGCCAUCGCCGCUGAGCGAGUCAGAGAGCACCAUCACGGUGCUGCUGCGGCCGGCACAGGGCAGAGGGGCUCCCAUCAGCACCUAUCAGGUCAUUGUGGAGGAGGAGCGGCCCAGGAAGCUGAAGCGGGAGCUGGGGGGGCAGGAAUGCUUCCCGGUGCCGCUCACCUUCGACGAUGCCGUGUCCCGUGGCUCUGUGCACUACUUCGGGGCAGAGCUGCCCGCCAGCAGCCUCACCGAGGCCAAGCCCUUCACCGUGGGGGACAACCAGACCUACAGUGGCUACUGGAACCCACCCCUGGAGCCCAAGAAGGCCUAUCUCAUCUACUUCCAGGCCAUGAGCAACCUCAAAGGGGAAACUCGGCUGAACUGUGUCCGGAUCGCUCGCAAAGCUGCCUGCAAAGAGAGCAAGCGUCCCCUGGAGGUGUCCCAGCACUCGGAGGAGAUGGGCCUGAUCCUGGGGAUCUGUGCUGGAGGGCUCAUCAUCCUGAUUAUCCUGCUGGGAGCCAUCAUCGUUGCCAUAAGGAAAGGGAGGAACUACUAUUCUUACUCCUAUUACCCGAAACCUGUGAAUAUGACCAAAGCCACCAUAAACUACCGGCACGAGAAGACACACAUGAUGAGUGCCAUCGACAGGAGCUUCACUGACCAGAGCACCCUGCAGGAGGACGAGCGCCUGGGGCUGUCCUUCAUGGACACCCAGGGCUACGGGAACAGAGGUGACCAGCGCAGCAGCGUGGUGAACGAGUCCAGCAGCCUGCUGGGGGGCUCCCCGCGGCGGCAGUGCGGCCGCAAGGGCUCCCCGUACCACACGGGGCAGCUGCACCCGGCCGUGCGCGUGGCCGACCUCCUGCAGCACAUCAACCAGAUGAAAACGGCCGAGGGCUACGGCUUCAAGCAGGAGUAUGAGAGUUUCUUUGAGGGCUGGGAUGCUUCAAAGAAGAAAGACAAGACCAAAGGGAGACAGGAUCACGUGUCCACAUAUGACCGUCACCGCGUGAAGCUGCACCCGCUGCUGGGGGACCCCAACUCCGACUACAUCAACGCCAACUACAUCGACGGCUACCACAGGUCCAACCACUUCAUAGCCACACAAGGGCCCAAGCAGGAGAUGGUGUACGACUUCUGGCGCAUGGUGUGGCAGGAGCACUGCUCCAGCAUCGUGAUGAUCACCAAGCUGGUGGAGGUGGGCCGGGUAAGCAUCCCUGUUCCCAUCCCAGGCCAUGCCAUCCCAUCCCUGCUGGAAGCCACCUCUGCAGAGCCUAGCCCCCAUCCCGUGCUCUCCUUGCAGGUGAAAUGCUCCAAGUACUGGCCGGAUGACUCUGAGAUGUAUGGGGACAUCAAGAUCACGCUGGUGGAGUCCGAGACGUUGGCUGAGUACGCUGUGCGCACCUUCGCCCUGGAGAGGCGAGGUUACUCGGCCCGGCACGAGGUGAAGCAGUUCCACUUCAUGUCGUGGCCCGAGCACGGUGUCCCCUACCACGCCACAGGGCUGCUGGCCUUCAUCCGCAGGGUGAAGGCGUCCACGCCGCCCGACGCCGGCCCCGUCGUCAUCCACUGCAGUGCUGGCACGGGCAGGACUGGCUGUUACAUUGUGCUGGAUGUGAUGUUGGACAUGGCUGAGUGCGAGGGCGUCGUGGACAUCUACAACUGCGUGAAGACCCUCUGCUCACGGAGGAUCAACAUGAUCCAGACAGAGGAGCAGUACAUCUUCAUCCACGAUGCCAUCCUGGAGGCCUGUCUGUGUGGGGAGACCAGCAUCCCUGCCAGCGAGUUCAAGCCCACCUACAAGGAGAUGGUGAGGAUAGAGCCGCAGAGCAAUUCCUCGCAGCUGCGGGAGGAGUUCCAGACCCUGAACUCGGUGACGCCGCACCUGGAUGUGGAGGAGUGCAGCAUCGCGCUGCUGCCCCGCAACCGCGAGCGCAACCGCAGCAUGGACGUGCUGCCGCCCGACCGAUGCCUUCCCUUCCUCAUCUCCGUGGAUGGAGACAGCAACAACUACAUCAACGCGGCCUUAACUGACAGCUACACCAAGAGCGCUGCCUUCAUUGUCACCCUGCACCCGCUGCAGAACACCACCACCGACUUCUGGCGGCUGGUGUACGACUAUGGCUGCACUUCCAUCGUCAUGCUCAACCAGCUCAACCAGUCCAACUCUGCCUGGCCCUGCCUGCAGUACUGGCCCGAGCCAGGGCUGCAGCACUACGGCCCCAUGGAGGUGGAAUACAUCUCAGGAGUAGCGGAUGAGGACAUCGUGUCCCGGCUCUUCCGAGUGCAGAACAUCACACGGUUGCAGGAGGGGCACCUGAUGGUCCGGCAUUUCCAGUACCUGCGCUGGUCAGCCUAUCGAGACACCCCGGACUCCAAGAAGUCCUUCCUGCACCUCCUGGCCCAGGUGGAGAGGUGGCAGAAGGAAAGUGGUGAUGGCAGGACUGUGGUGCACUGCUUGAAUGGAGGUGGCCGGAGUGGCACCUUCUGUGCCUCCACCAUGAUCCUGGAGAUGAUCAAGUGUCACAACAUGGCAGAUGUUUUCUUUGCUGCCAAGACCCUCCGCAACUACAAACCAAAUAUGGUGGAGACCUUGGAGCAGUACCACUUCUGCUACGACAUAGCACUGGAAUACCUGGAGUCCCUGGAGAGCAGAUAGCACCUGGCCACGAGAGGGGCACGAGGGCUCGUGCAGGGCCGUGCCAGCCGCGCUUCCCAGCUGGGCACUGUGUCCCUGCUCGGGGAGACAGCCAAGGACCCUCCAGGAAACUUGGGAUCCAGGAAACAAAAGGACAUGGAGAUGUGUUGGCCACUCUCCAUCUUCAUCUUCCGCUCUCCAUCUUCCCUCCCUGCCUGGGUGGAUCCCACAGCUCAGCCGGUUCCUUGGAGUCACAGCCUGGCCUUGGUGCUGCUGGGUCUCUGCAGCUGCUGGAGAGGAGGCCAGGGAGGGGAGGAAGAGGAGGCCACGAGGAGCUGAGGCUGUUUCCCAUCACAGAAGGAUGGACACUGGGAGAUGUUGCUCUUUUGUGUGUGGUAUUGAAGCUGCUCCUCGAGGAGCCCGGAGGCUGCUGGAGGUUUUCCCUUGGUGGGGCUCACUCUGAGCCAGAACAAAGGUCCCCCAGAAGCUCUGAGUUUCUGCCCCUAGGCACCAUGAAUUUGAUCCUCUGUUAGUUCUGUGAGUUUUGACCCUUUGUGUACCCAGCCCUGGACAGACAGAGAUGAGGAUGGGGGGCACUGGCCAUGCAAUGUCCCUCUGCAGGGACUGACCUGGACCCUCCUGGUGCUUUUGCAAAGUGUUGGAGGGGAUGGUUCCCCAGCAUCUCCACACCUUCCUCUCCAUCUGUAGCAGUGAAUUCUUCCUGUGAUGUCCCACUGACCCAUGGGUCUGUUUUUAACCCUGCCUUUGUGCAACACUGCAUUUGAAGCAAAAUCUUCAAAAUUCGGGUCUAUCCCAAAUACUUCCUGGGUGCCACCCCUGGGCAGUUGCUGGGCCUAGUGGGGCAGGAGGAUUGAUUUUGGGCUGAGCUGUGCCAAAGCCAUGGCUGUGUGUUGGGGCUGGACAGGGGAAGGUCCCCACACUCCUGUGCCACCGGGGCUGGUGGCUGAAGGUACCUGGGGUGUUUUAGCUCCAUCCUGCUGCAGGCGGGUGUGAAAUGGCACUUUUUCCAUCUGAUGUUGUGGUAAUUCCAGAGACUCUGCUCUCAGCCUGGUUGUAAUAAAUGGCCUUGGGAAGGUGCAUCCCGAGGGAUCCAGGUCUGGGAACUGAGGGGAGGCUGGUUCUGUCCUGAGGGCCAGGCUGAGCCCUUCACCAUCACUUCUGGGGGGGAUGGAGCAGAGCAGGUGAGAAACCCCUCCAGAUGCUGGAGUUUUCAUGAGGGCAGCCCUGUCCUUCAUCCAUCUGCCCCCUUCACCCCCAUCUGUGUCCCCCCUCCUCCAGCCAUGCCUGCCCAGGGCAGGGGCAGCUUCCCUGCCCUGCCUGCCUGGGGCUGCCCAGCCUUGCCCAGGGAAUUCUGCCCAGGAAUCAGGAAGGCUGCACAGCUGAAAUGGCUGGAGGAGCAGACCCAGGAGGUGUUUCCAUCCACCUCCCAAGGGUUAAAGAGAGCAGGAAGAGCCAUCCCUGCCCUCUCUGCCCUUGGACAAUGUGCCACUGCUGUGGUGAUGGGGAUUUCAGCACCACCCCAGACCCUUGGUUCUGCCACCUCCUCCCUGAGGAAUUCACAGUCUGACAAUAACUUAUGCCAAGGGCUAUAUGACAUCAUUCCUUCCUUCUUGCUAUCCCUGCUGUCUCAUCUGCAGUGUGCCCAUUCUGUCUUGUCACCAAAAGGUCUUUUUUACCCCCAAAUGGUCCAGUAAAACCAGUACCUGACUACACCAGUACUCACACUGGGAUAAAUCUAUGUCCUUUUCCCAGUCCCCAUCUCUCCAUAGACCUGCCUGUGCUGUUCUAGGGAAGGCGCUGCAUGCUGGGUGCAGAAGUUGUUUGGUUUUGUAUGAAAAUGGCUGAGCUGAGCCUCCAAAAUCCCUGGGAAUGGGAUGGGAUGCUCUGGGGGCUGUCCAGCAAUGCUGCUGCCUAGGCUACAUCCUGCCUGUGGUCCAGAGGGAGGGAGCAUCCCACAGGGUCUGCAGGUAAAGUAUUGCCAGAAAGAGGAAAAGAGGAGGGGUGAAACCCCACUUAGUCCUACAGAGACUGGAGGAGUUGUAUAUAUAUUUUAAAAUCAAGAGUUUUCCCUUUUUAUUUUAUUUUGAUACCUCCUUGCUUGGUGUCUCUGGGUUUUUAGGGCAUCUCUGGUGAAGGGCAGAUUUUGAAAUCCAAGUGCUAUAAAACCCAGCCCAUCUCCAACUCCUACUGACAUGCUCCUCUGACAUGAGGCAAGGACAUCUUGUACAUAGAAAUCUAUAUAUAGAAAUCUAUAUAUAAAAAUAUAAAUACUGUUCUUAAGAUGGAUAAUGUUUAUUGGUAUUACAGAUUGGAGUGGUGCUUUUUUUUAAAUAAAAACAAAACAAAAAAAAAGGAAAAAAUUAAAACCCAAGAAAAACACCAAAUUGGAACAAUUUUGUCUAUAUGCAGUCAAAGUGAUCCUAAAAGCUGGCAGCAUCCCAGACCUGGUGCCAAAGGGACUUGGGACCAUGAGGCAGCUCCACCAUGGACGAGGAUGGAGCAUUGGGACCGAGGGAGGGACGUGUCUGAUGUGGAUUGUACCACACACAGCCAGCUGUUGUUAAUGUUUUUUUUUAUUAUUUUGUUAUUAUAUUAUUUUUGGCUUUCUUUCCUUUUAAGAAAAUUAGUUGCAUAAAUAAAUGUUCCAAAUUUG